GGCAUCUGCUGUGACGUGGCGAGUCACUGGAAGACCUGAUAGAACAUUUGAAGUCAUGUAGACCGCGAUCUCUUCUCUCUUUAGACUCCUCUCUGCUGCGUUGUCCUGCAACACCACACUUGAAGACCCCUUCUUUUCGUGCUCAGCGGGCUGUGGUUUGAUAUCCCGGACACAGAUUAUAUAUCCAGACAAAAUCAAGAUGCCGGAACACGAUCCCCUCGUUCUGUCCUACUCGCACCUCGCGCAGUUCCGCCGCGCAGAUGAGGCGCUGACAAUCCUCAAGAAGGUGGCCUCCCUCGUGAAGCCCAUCAUGCGGAACCGCGGGUGGAAGGUCAGGGAGCUGGCCGAGUUCUAUCCCAACGAGACAAACCUACUCGGCCUCAACGUCAACCGCGGCAUGAAGAUAUGCCUGCGGCUACGCUAUCCGCAGGACCAGAAUCAGUUCCUCGCUACGGAGAGCAUCGUCGACACGAUGCUGCACGAGCUGUGCCACAUUGUCCAUGGGCCUCACGACGGCAAAUUCCACGCCCUCUGGGACCAGCUGCGCGACGAAUGGCAGGGCCUUCUCUUCAAGGGAUACACAGGCGAAGGGUUCCUGUCCGAGGGCCAUCGGCUGGGAGGCAGGCAGGCACUGCCGGUCCGCGAAGUGCAGCGACUCGCCCGCUCUGCGGCGGAAAAGCGAAAGGCUCACGAGCAGUUGACUCGCGGCUCGGGACGGCGGCUUGGCGGAGGUGAUGUGUCGCGGCCGCCAAGGCCAGGUCGGAACCUGCGCCAAGCGGCUGCUGCGGCGGCUGAGAAGCGCAACAAGGCCCUUCAGGGUUGCGCCACGGACAAGCUGAGCGACAAUGAGAUCCGCGCCAUUGCUGAUACAGCGUCCAGGAACGGGUUCCGCACGCAGGCGGAAGAGGACGAGGCCAACGACCUUGCCAUUGCGCAGGCUCUGUGGGAGCUAGCCCAGGAAGAUGAGAUGACCAACCUGGGCGGCGGGUCCUAUAUGAAUUCAUCGCCUGCGGAGAAAGUCAUGAAAGGCACUGCGGGCACGGGGGUAUCCUUUGAUGGAAACUCGGGCAGUAGCAGCAGCAACAGCAGCGGCAGCGCCAGAGGCAAUGCUACAGGCAGCCAGAGAAUGGCGCCUACUAGCCAGCCAGACGGCGAGCAGUUCUGGAUCUGUUCGAUAUGCACUCUGCACAACCCUCAGAACUUCUUGUGCUGCGGUGCCUGCGGGGUGGAGCGCAGCGAGGCAACGGUACACGCGCCGGUGACGCCGAGACAGCCUGGGCCGAGGCCGGCUGUGAUUGACCUGACGAGCAGUCCGCCCAGGACGAAGACGAACCCUCGCGAGACACGGCGAACAUCAACAACAACAACAGCUCAGCGCCCAGCAGCAGCAGCGAACCCUAGCCAGGCUAAUAAGGCUCCAGUUCCAGCACCUCCAGCAACUUGGCGCUGCGAGUAUUGCGCCACGGAAAUGGAGCGGCAGUGGUGGACCUGCUCUACCUGCGGGCAGAUGAAGUUUAACUCUCGAUAA